AUGAUGUCCAGCGUCCAUCGAGAACCUCGUGGCGCUUCGGCCGCGAAAACGGCGGCGUCCCUCUACAAGGAACAGCUUGGCUUUUUUCGAAAAGGUGUCGCCUCUACAGACGACAUCCAUGCCAUCAAGCAGCUGAAUUUGCGCCUGCUGGACGCAGUGGAGGACUCUAAGUUCAAGCUGCGGCACAACGAGCUGAAGGCUCAUCUGGAGAACACGCUGGCGGCAAUUAACCGUCUGGAGGGCAACGCGUUUGUCAAAACUGCGUCCUCCUCCCCGGCGGUGUGCCGCGCCAGCAGCGACUGUCGAAGUUUUCGAAAAUCGCCUCACCGAGCUCACCAGACUCCUCGCGUCGCGAGACGUGCAAGCGGCUCCCCGCCGUCGCACCGCGCCUGCGAUGAACGGCAUGCGACCGGCAUUGCCAUUCCUCCGCCGCCGAUCUGUCCACGAGGGCCUCCUGUCUUCGCUCCCGUCCAGCAGCAGCGCCCGGGCGACAGCUUGCAGAAUUCGCCAGACAGCCCGCCGGCCCCCCUCUCACUGCCCUGGCUGUCCGCGCAUCAGUGUCUUCAUCCCCCGCCUCCGUUCUAUGGCCAAGCACGCACGCCUCUGCCUAACAAUGCUCACCCUACCCCGCCCGCUCUCUGCGGCCGGCUGAACUCUUCUGUUUCGCCAGAGGCAGACGCCUACCCCCUGCGCCUGCGCCACAGUGGCUGUCCUGCCUGUUGCUGCUCGGAGGAAGCCGCUGCGAAUUCUGAAAAGUGCCGACAGUUGGCGCUGCAGCUGAGUCACGCUCAAGAGGAGCGCGCACGCCUAGUCUCCCACCUUUCGCAAGCUCAGCGAGAAAACGAAGACAUUCGUGCGGUCUACGAAGCCAAGCUCCACGAGGUGCGUGUGCAGCUGGAGUCCUGCAGGAGCGCCGAGCUGCCGGAGCUCGAGGCCGUGCUCGCCCACGCGGAGUCCCUAGCUGAGCACGUCGAACAAAUGCGCAGAGACAGCUACACCUGGUCUGCGUGCGCGCGCGAGCUUCUUCAGCAUCUGCAAAGUGUACGCGCGCGUAGCCGGUGUCCACGCCGCACAGACGCUUGGGAUCCUCGCUACACAAGCACGCGAGACUCAGGAAGCUGCUUCGAGUCUCACACGGAAACGCCUUGCACGCCUUUCGCCGCAGGCAGAGCUUCGACGCCGCCCUCCUGCCGCAGAACCCCGCGCUCGCCGCCCUGCUGUGAGCAUCCCGCCGCGGCCGCCGGCGCUCCCUCGCCCAAACAUGGCGCGUCAGGGCCCGCAGGGCGACCUGAGCGGCGCGAGGGUCCAGCCAGCCCCGGUGCGCGACUGUGGGGCAGACGAAACCCGCGUGGGACGGAGGGAGAGACGGAAAACCGAGCAGCGUCGCCGUGCUGCUCGGUGACUCUGGACGCUGCCGAAGUGGAGGCGGUGCGCGCCAGAGCUGGGUGCGCCGGGCCUAUCCUUUUAGUGCGCGACGUCGAACCGCAGCUGCGGGAAAGCGACUGCGAUGGCCCCCGGCGCAGGGUUCUCCGCGACCCACAGAUCUUUGAUUAUGUCACGUGA